AUGGCUUCUACUACCAAACGCGCCGACUUCGAGGCGGUCUUCCCCUCCUUGGCCCAGGACAUUCUGGCCCACGCAAAGCGGUACAACCUUCCCGCCAAUGCGCUCGAGUGGUUGGAAAAGUCCCUCAAUGUGAAUGUCCCCGGUGGGAAGCUUAACCGUGGGCUCUCGGUGCCCGACACCGGCCUGGCGCUCCUAAAGCAGCCCCUGACCGACGAGCAGUUCGAGCACCUCAGUAUUCUGGGCUGGUUCACUGAAUUGCUCCAGGCAUUCUUCCUGGUUAGCGACGAUAUUAUGGACGGUUCGAUCACUCGCCGUGGCCAACCCUGCUGGUACCGCCAAGAGGGCGUGGGGUUGAUCGCCAUCAACGAUGCCUUCAUGCUGGAGUCGGCAAUCUAUAUUGUCCUGAAACAAAGGUUCCGCUCGCACCCGGCCUAUAUUGACCUGGUGGAGCUUUUCCACGAGACCGCCUGGCAGACGGAGCUGGGCCAGCUGUGUGACCUGAUCACCGCCCCCGAGGACAACGUCAACCUUGACAAUUUCUCUCUGGAGAAGUACAUGUUCAUCGUCACCUACAAGACGGCCUAUUACAGUUUCUACCUGCCUGUCGCACUGGCCCUGCACUACUUGCAAGUGGCCAGCCCUGAGAACCUUAAGCAGGCGCAUGACAUCCUCAUCCCACUGGGCCAGUACUUCCAGAUCCAGGACGACUACCUGGACAACUUUGGGGAUCCUUCGGUCAUCGGCAAGAUCGGCACCGAUAUCCAGGACAACAAGUGUUCGUGGCUCAUCAACCAGGCCAUCCAGCGUUGCACCCCAGAGCAGCGCCAGGUGCUGAACGCCGCCUACGGACGCAAGGACAAGGAGCAGGAGGCCAAGGUUAAGGCUAUCUUCAACGAGCUCGAGCUCGAGAAGCUUUACAAGGAGUACGAAGAGAAGGUGGUUGGGGAGCUGCGUACGAAGAUCGCUGCCGUGGAUGAGUCCAAGGGCCUGAAGAAGGAGGUCUUUGAGGCAUUCCUGGCCAAGAUCUACAAGCGCACCAAAUAA